CCACUGGGGGCGCUGAAGGCCGCUCUAACUCCAUACACGUCACGAGGGAGUGGAGCCGGACUCCCAGUGGAAACACUACCUUCUAAACACUACUGAACCGCAUCCACGACUCCAGACCCAGGUCAUGCUGGCGUUGGCUCGGCGGGGUUCACGCGGCGGACAGUGAUGGUCUAAGGACUGGGGGGGGUCACGGGUGCUUGGCGUGGAAUGUUGCGCUGGUCGGUGCACCUGGAAGGAGGGCCGCGGAGAGUCAACCAUGCUGCUGUGGCUGUGGGACACAAGGUGUACUCCUUUGGAGGAUACUGCUCAGGGGAGGACUACGAAACGCUGCGGCAGAUCGACGUGCACGUCUUCAACACAGUGUCUCUGCGCUGGAUGAAGCUUCCUCCGGUGCGGACAGCAGGGCUUGAGCGUGUCCGUGAAGUGCCAUAUAUGCGUUAUGGCCACACAGCUGUGCUGCUGGAUGACAUUAUCUACCUCUGGGGGGGCCGUAACGACACGGAGGGGGCCUGCAAUGUGCUUUACGCCUUCGACGUCAACACCCACAGAUGGUUCACACCCAAGAUUUGUGGGACGGUUCCGGGUGCGAGGGAUGGCCACUCCGCCUGCGUCCUGGGGAAGGCCAUGUACAUAUUUGGAGGAUACGAGCAGCUGGCCGACUGCUUCUCCAACGACAUCCACAAACUGGACACCACCUCCAUGGUCUGGACGCUCAUCAACGCCAGAGGAACUCCGGCCCGGUGGAGGGACUUCCACUCGGCCACCAUCAUUGGCACUAAGAUGUUUGUGUUCGGGGGCCGAGCCGACCGCUUUGGGCCUUUCCACUCCAACAAUGAGAUCUACUGCAACAAGAUCAAGGUGUUCGACACCGAGACCAACUGUUGGCUGAGCAGCCCGUCCACACAGCCUUCGCCGGACGGACGCCGCAGCCACUCGGCCUUUUCGUACAACGGGGAGCUGUACAUAUUUGGAGGAUACAACGCCCGAAUGGACCGACACUUCAACGACCUCUGGAAAUUCAACCCAGAAGCCUUUUCCUGGAAGAAGGUGGAGCCCAAAGGAAAAGGCCCGUGUCCGCGGAGACGGCAGUGCUGUUGCAUGGUGGGAGAUCGCAUCAUUCUGUUUGGAGGAACCAGCCCCUGUCCGGAGCAGGGAAUGGGUGAUGAGUUUAACCUCAUGGAUCAUUCAGACCUGUACAUCUUAGACUUCAGCCCUAAUUUGAAGACAUUAUGCAAAAUAGCUGUUAUUCAGUACAGUCUGGAGCAGUCGGGACUCCCACAUGAUAUCAGGUGGGAACUGGCUGCCAUGACGACCAACAGCAACAUCAGCAGGCCCAUCUUCUCGUCCCACGGCUGACGGCGCUGAAUGUGAACCGGAACCAGAACCAGAACUCUGCUGUUUCAGGACGCUGAGCUCUCAUCUUCUAAUCAACCGAACUUCGAGGGACAGUUCAUAGAGUUUGGAUCGGAUCCGUUUUCCCACAUUCUUUAAGCGAAAACUGUCAUCGAUUGACCAAAAAGAAAAUCUCAUGUUGCAUUCGACUUCCUCGGACACCGCGGACUCGUCACGUUCCGAGUGCGUUUUAACGCUUCGGACGCUGGAGAAGGAAAUCAGCUGUCCACCUUUCCUCUAGUGUCUGGCAUCUUUAAACCCAAUCAGCCUCUGAUAAUCAUAGACCUCGAAUCUUAAGCACAGGAAGAGACGAGAACUGCAGCCAAAGGUCUGGAGAGUUAACCUCUUUUUGUGGGCAACGGUGUCUGAACGGCACCGCCGACGCCCGACGCUCCUCCCCCCAGAGACAAAUGUGAACUGUGUGUUCCACAUGUUGAAACCAGACUGAGAUGGUCAUGAGUAUGUAUAUGUUGAAGUUCUACCUUGGUCAUAAACCAUGUCAAACUACCGUUGUGACUAGUUACGUUAUUGCCGACUCUACGUUUGAGCGAAUCGGACUAGAACUGGGCGUUCGCUCGUAAAAGACGCCGCUUCAGGGUUCCCACGCCC